GACAAUCGAUUAGCCAAGGCCCUCGACACAAGACACCACUCUCGAAUGUUCAAAAAGCCGCUUGGCACCCUGAAAACUAGUGCACCUCUGCGCAGCUCAGAUAGAAGGAAGCUGAAGCAGCGUGUUGUCGCAGCACAUGGUCUCUCACCUGAAGACGGCGACGAUCUUGUUCCGGAGGGGAUACUCUCUCUCAAGUUCCACACGCACCUGGAUGUACCUGGAACCGUGUAUAUCUCCCCUCAUGGAGAUCCGCUUUGGUUCACAGUAGGAAAAGGCUCAGAUGAAUUGAUUCCCUCGAUCUACACUUUGUGGAAGCGUCCACAAGGCCUCUUGCCCUUUCUUUCGACACCAGAAGCUGUGAUUCCCGCUCUUGUCGGGGGCGCAGACUUGAUGAUCCCCGUGGUGCAUAUUUCCAAGUCGUUGCAAGAAGGUCAACUCGUGACUAUUCGCCGUUACGUAGGGGGUAAAACAGGCUCAUUGUCUGCACCGCUUGCUGUAGGGAAGAUGGCACUUUCUGGUGAUGCCAUCCGGGAUGGGCAACAGGCGAAAGGGAAGGCCGUCCAUAUCAUUCACACCUGGAAAGAUCACCUGUGGGACAUGGGCUCGAAGCCGGAUCGGGGUCCCGAGGAAAUUCCUCUCUCCUUGGCCCAGGAUUCAGAGUCGGAAGGAACUUCUCGUGCCGAUGAUUCUGUGGCACAAAAUUCACCAUCGGACGCUCUUCCAGACCCAGCCCCUGCCCAAGAAGCCUCGAGCGUGGCAGACGAUGCGUUACCGGCGUACUCGGCCUCUGACAUUUCCACCUUACUGCAGACGGCUGCUGUGCAAGCCGUGGCCAUGAUCCUGUGCAAUGUGCCGGCCUCGUCGUUUCCUAUAUCGGGCUCCAUCUUUUAUUCAAGCUACGUGCUUCCCAGUCGGCCGGCAUUCCCAUCCUCCAUCCUCCCGUCGCCCAACGAGUCGCCCAAUCCUCUCGAUAUCACAAUCAAGAAUUCGAUUCACAAGUCGAUGACCUCAUUUCUUAAAUCACUAGAAAAGAUCUCUUUGGUCACGCUAAAAGCGCCACCGAAGCACGGCCAACAAACAGAAGUCUCCGUGACCGGGGUCAAUACCAAGCAUCCCUUGGUCGCCGGUCACAAGCCGUUUGUCUCGGUCAAAGCAAUCGAGGAGACAGCUGCGAAGAAGGCCCUCCGCCAAGAACGGUUGAAAGAGGCAGAGCAGAAGAGCGAGCACUGGGUGGAGGUCAAAGAGCUGUUGAAGCCGCAUCUUAAAUCGGUGGAACUCUUCAAUGCGCUAGGCGGAAGGUAUCGUGGAUCAAAUUAUGACAGCCGCGUCCUUCUCAUGUCAAUUCCAAGUGCAGAGACGCUCUACAGCGUCACAGAAGUGCGCGCUAAGGUCAACGAAUACAUCACUUCGAACGGUCUGGUCAACCCGCGAGACCAGGCCUACAUCAACGUAGACCCGGUCUUAUCGCACGUGAUAGCCCCGAAGAAGGGAAAGGGAGAAGCGUCGAUUGCCGCCGUCGAAUUCUUGAAGCGGGAUGAUCUCAUGCGACAAGUUGUGGAGCAAAUGCAGCCUUGGCACGAGAUCACGGCGCCGGGCAAGGAACCGGUCGGCGCCCUCAAGCCCAUCCAGGUGGUCAUGAAAAUGCGACAAGGCCGCAAAGCUGCGACGCUUAUUUCCGGUUUUGAGCCCUUCCUGAUUCUCGUCGCCGAGGAUAUGGCCGAAGAUCUCCGCAAGCUCUGCGCCGGAGCCACAUCAGUUUCCCAGCGCACGGGAGGGAUCCAGGGCCUAGAAGUUCUUGUUCAGGGGAAGCAGUCGAAGAUUGUUACCGACUACUUGACGGAGAAGGGCAUACGGAAGGAAUGGAUCCAAGUAUCUAACCUCCUGGGAAAGAAGUAAUGCACCAAUGAACGCGGGUACCAUUAUCUGUGCUGCUCGGGCCACCUGGCACACUUGACCGUCAUGGGUCUUAUAGGAUCAGUCAGGCUUCACAGGAUCAGUGAUAAUUGGGCACGCUGUAUGUCCGUGCUACAUCUCUUAUCUCUCUUAUUCCCCAGCUAUUCCGCGCCGAAUACUAUCUCUGCGUCAAUGCGGGUGCUCUAACAAAGGCGACAUCCAUAGACCGGAAUGUGUCACUGGGUUUGAUAUUUAUUUAAAGAUGAGAGGGCGCUUACCCCGCAGUGCUUCUUCAGUCCUUACGCCGUUCUGCGAUCCAUCAAUGUCCGAGCGGUCAUGUCGUCGACUGGACGUUUACUCCCGAUUACCACUUACGCUCGCAAUCGCUCCACGUCUCCAUUUACUCGCACUCGCACUCGCAAUUGCGCAAUGGUUCGGCAACGGCCGACCGCACUCGGGUGACAUCCGCGGAGCGGACGCAUCAGCAUCAAUCGGAUACACAGCAGACAGUAGAAUAGAGUACAAGAGGGUCGACAGGACAGCAAACGGUCAAAGCAGAGAGCAGAGGAGGGGGGACUGGCUGCCGCAUUUUGGCGCUCAGCGGCGACGGCCGCUUGUCGGGGCGGGCAUGGUCUCCAGGCAGGAGGGACAGGGCGUCCGGAACAUAUUCUGGAUGCUCGGUCGCGGGAUUCGAUACUGAAUGCGAUCCCCCAAAAAACAAAAUACAAGGUCAGCUGUAAUCCAGCCUGCGGAGAGGGGGGGAUCGGUGGCGCACGGUGGGACACCCGCACUCGAUCGCGGUGUGCUUAUGCGCGGCGGACGUCUUGCAGUGCUCGUCUCCGCAGUCGGUGCGUGCGCUCGUCUCGUACAGGAUCAGGUUGUGCUGCAAUCAACUUCGAGUUGGAGGGGGGACACAGCAGGCGAGCGGCGGCCGAGGGACAGACCUGGCAGGCGGUGUAGCGGUCGGCGACACUGGAGAGGGGACGAUUAAAUCGGCACGCAACACGUGAGCAGACGUAGGCGAACCAUCCAAUGUAGCACAUGUCUGCAGUGUUUGUCGAAAAGGAUGCAACGGUAGUACCAGGAGAGGGGGGUGGAUCCCCUGCUGGCAAGCGUAUCAGCUUUUAAAGCGUGAGCGGAUGUGCCGCACUGCAUGCUAUCACCCAGUCAAAACGUUGUCGGUAAAACGCGGUCGUCCGAAAACGGAGGGUGUACAAUUGGGAUUAAGCUGCGUCAUUGAGAAUCCCAUCGAUCACAUGUCUGUCUUUCGGUGAAGUUAUCCGGCAGAUCUCGACACGUGGUUGGAACUUCAAAACUCGAACAGAUCGUGCAUCGGGGAGCGCCUGGAUUCGCGCACGCGCUAUUUCAGGCUUUCUCCAAGCCGAGCCUGCGCGGUCUGCCGCAGAUCUGUCACAGGGCCGUUCCGUGCCCCGCAUUCGCGCAUAUACCGUACACAACACAAGAGGGCCGUCCUCAGCAGAUGUCGUGCGAUCGAUAAGGUCAGCAGCCGAGAUUAUCUUGCUGAGUUGUUGCUGCGGAGAACAAAAACGAGCACACAAAAUCAGACGGCUCGCGGAGAUAAUCCGAGAAAAUUGUAUGUGUGUGUGUGUGGAUAAGAGCGAGUGUGGUGAGGAAGAAUCAGAUCAGGGAGCAGUGCAUGCAAUCUCUGGUCGCCGAGCCUUCCAAUCCACUCACCCAAACUUUUGUCCGCCCGAUCGAAGCUUGAUGGUCUAGCCCGGAAGCCCAUGGCUCAGCCUCGCGCGGGGCCGGAGUUACCAAACCAGUACGUACGUAACGUAUCGCGCGCACACCGGGGAGGGGGCCCAUUUGUUGCGAUCGCGCGCGCCAAACUCGCCGCAGGCAAAAACCCAAAGUCUAAUCCGACAUCCCAACUCAAACCUGGCGGAGCGUGUGGCCACGCUGCGGAGAUUGCAUUGCAUUGUUCUGUUCAUAUACUGCCCAUCGAUAUCUCCCCCCUCCUCCUCGGGGGGCAGGGGGACGGAUUCAGAUCUAUCAAGCCUCGAAUCGAUUUUUUUUGGUCCCGAGCAGCAAAGGUUUCGCCGCGUGGGGCGAUAAGCAGCCGCUGCGGCCCGAGUUCGUGGUACGCAGCAUCCUUCCUGUGAUCAGUAUCCGAUAGCGCAUUGGAAUCGGCCAGGUCGGGUCAGGCCAGGCCACAUACCGGGCGCGCUGUGAAGAGACGCAGAGACCUUCCGUGAUGGCCCAGCAUCGCGCCGGAUCACAUAUCGCGGCAGCCGCUCGCUGUCAAUCAACAACAUCGUUGGAUUCCCGGCCAUGACAGGGAUGGACAACACAUGGCUCCGCAAGAGAAAACGGUACAUAAAACAGCCAGAAAAGUACAUCCUCGACAGCCGAAACCCGCCAAGCCAGCUCUCAGCGCGUCUUGGUCUGCACGUACGGGCCGCGUGUGCAGUUGAAUCCGAGUGUGUCCUGCUCGCCGGGCGCCAGGGUCGUGGCGUUGCAGAUGACGUUCGUCGCGCUGUAGGGCAGCUGAUACGGAUGGACAUGGACGCGUCCAACUGAG